CUGUUUGAUGGCAUUUAUGAAAAAAUACCUCCUCCCUCUUCUGGUGCUCUUCCUGGGCUACUACUACUCCACACAUGAUGAGUUCAGGCCAGAAAUGCUCAAAGGAAAGAGAGUGGUGGUCACCGGGGCCAGCAAAGGGAUUGGAAGAGAAAUGGCAUAUCAUCUGUCAAGAAUGGGGGCCCACGUGGUGCUGACUGCGAGGUCCGAGGAAAGCCUCCAGAAGGUGGUGUCUCGUUGCCUUGACCUUGGAGCAGCCUCUGCCCACUACAUUGCUGGCACGAUGGAAGACAUGGCAUUUGCAGAGCAGUUUGUUGUCAAAGCAGGAAAGCUCAUGGGUGGAGUGGACAUGCUCAUUCUGAACCACAUCACUCAGAGCUCUCUGAGUCUUUUCCACGAUGAUGUCCGUUCUUUGAGAAAAGUCAUGGAGGUCAACUUCCUCAGCUAUGUGGUCCUGAGUGUCGCUGCCUUGCCCAUGCUGAAGCAGAGCAACGGCAGCAUCGUCGUGGUCUCCUCAAUGGCUGGGAAAAUGACCCAGCCUCUGGUUGCUUCCUACUCUGCAAGCAAGUUUGCUCUGGACGGGUUCUUCUCUACCAUUAGAAAAGAGCACUUAAUGACCAGUGUCAACGUGUCCAUCACGCUCUGUGUCCUUGGCCUCAUAGACACAGAGACGGCCAUGAAAGCGGUCUCUGGGGUCUUCACCUCGCCGGCUGCUCCUAAGGAAGAAUGCGCCCUGGAGAUCAUCAAAGGUGCCGCUCUGCGCAAAGAUGAGGUGUACUACGACAGCUGGAUCUGGACCCCAAUCCUGCUCGGGAACCCAGGAAGAAGGAUCAUGGAGUUUCUUUCACUACGGAAAUAUAAUAUGGACAAAUUUGUAAACAAUUAGGCACUCCUGAGGCCUGGUAAGGGGUCUUGGGACAGUCCAGCCUGAUAUUU